AUGACCGUCGCCGCCAGCUCAACAGGCACGGCGUUCGUUGCCGUCGACGAAUAUGGCACCAUCCCGGGCUAUUCCAACGCGAAUGCUCCCUUCGCCGACUACACGCCGACGCCCAUCACCGUCACGGUGUCGACGUUUGGUCUUGAUUCGGCGAUCUCUGCCAUCAAGACCACGGCGCCGUCCGCAGGCCAACCCGGCGCGGCUGAUACUCUUCGCACCCUGAACCCUACUGGUCCUACUUCUCAUGGACCGUACAGUGGCAUGCCCACUACCACGGGCGCGGUGAUGAACAGCCCGCUUGCGAGCACUAUUGCUCCGGGACCGCCUAACCCGACCGCUACCUACUACAACACCGACGGCCUACUGCAGAACCAACAGCCAAUCCCCUACGAACCAGCAGGCGGCCUCGGCACCAACGGCUCGCAGCCCCGCUACAUGGUGGAAAGCGACUUCGACUACGAGUCCAUCAUGCUCGGCCUCUACCAAGAGUGGAUCGAGCUGGACUGCUUCAACCAAGGCCUCGCCCUCUUCGACGAAGCCGACUUCGCCGCCGCCGGCCUCGGGCCCGAAGACAUGUCGCUCAUCCAAUUCAUGGCGCAGCAAGAAGCCGGGCACGCCACUCUGUUGUCCAACAUGUUGGGCGAGACGGCCGCGCCACAAUGCACGUACGACUACCCCUUCACCAACGUGCGGGAGUUUGUCGACUUCAACCAGAUCCUGACGCGCUUCGGCGAGUCCGGCGUCUGGGGUUUCAUCAACCACCUCGACUCCCGCGAGGUUGGGCAACUCCUCGCACAGUCGAUCGCAACCGAGGCGCGUCAGCAGAUGAUCUUCCGCCAAAUGUCUGGUCUGCACCCCAUGCCCGUCUGGUUCGAGACCGGCAUCCCGCAGUCCUGGGCCUGGACGUACCUCGCGCCAUACAUCAGCUCCUGCCCAGAGAACACCACGCGCCUCGCAUGGCAGAACUUCCCGGCCCUGCACGUCGAGAACCAAGCGAACAUCAACCGCCUCUCGCCCAACGACACCGCGAACUGGGAGCGCACGGGCAACCGCACGGCCGACCCGGCCAUCACCAACAUCCCGCAGAACGCGAGCUGUCUCAGCACCAACGUCACCGGCUACGGCUGCUACCCUAAUAUCGGCAAGAACCGCUCGGAGCCCCUUUCUUUCCCUGGAAAGGAGGUGUACUUCCUCUGGGAUGACCCGGGCACUCCUGUUGGGCCUAACAUGAGCUACGUCACGUCUACUGCCGCUGGCGCGCCCGAGUGGGUUGCGUGGGUGUCGCAGCUUAACCUCACGUACACGCCUUUGAUGAAGACGGGCCCCAACUCGGGUUACACUUACCAGCCUGCUUCGGAGGUGUACGAGACGAAGGGCGCGGCCAACGGGACGAUGUUUGUUGCUCUGACGGAUUCGGACUUGUUCUUGACGCCGUUUAAUUUGAGCAUGAUCAACCCUCACGUCGUCGCUCUUGGUAUCUACCAGGCCGGUUAA